GACGCCGCCCAAGCCUGCAAAGUUUUCCAGACAACCUCGCCCGGCAGAGUCUCAGACGUCUGAAUCCCCUGAAGCUGUCUCUGACCUUGCCCCUAUCGAGACCAAGGCGCCUGCGGCCGACGUACUAGUCGAUUCGUCGUCGAUUCGGGGCGUCCAUGACCAAUUUCUCACAAGGAUGACCUUCUCAGAGCAGCAGAGAUGGAUCACGGUCCAGCAGAAGACGUUUACCAAAUGGCUAAACACCAAGAUUGUAGCCAGGAACCUGGAGGUGAAGGACCUGGUAACAGACCUUAGCGACGGUGUUAUGCUGAUUCACCUCCUCGAAUGUCUUUCUCAAGAAUCCCUCGGUCGAUAUGCCUCCCGUCCGAAGCUUCGUGUCCAACGGUUCGAAAAUGCCAACCUGGCCCUGGACUUUAUCAAGUCCAGAGGCAUUCAGAUGACAAAUAUUGGCGCUGAAGAUGUUGUUGAUGGAAACCGCAAAAUUGUUCUUGGUCUUAUUUGGACCCUGAUUCUUCGCUUUACAAUUAGCGACAUCAACCAAGAGGGUAUGUCUGCCAAGGAGGGCUUGCUGUUGUGGUGUCAACGAAAAACCGCGUGCUACGAUGAGGUCGAAGUUCGCGAUUUUAGUAGCAGCUGGAACGACGGCCUCGCCUUCUGCGCCUUGCUGGAUAUCCAUCGACCGGAUUUGAUCGACUUUGAUACGUUGGACAAGUCAGACCACCGCGGCAACAUGCAGCUCGCCUUUGAUAUUGCCCACGAAGAGAUUGGUAUCCCCAAGCUGUUGGAUGUUGAAGAUGUGUGCGAUGUGGCGAAGCCCGAUGAGCGAAGUUUGAUGACCUACAUUGCCUACUGGUUCCAUGCUUUUUCUCAGAUGGAAAAAGUCGAAAACGCGGGACGACGAGUCGAAAAGUUCUUCAACAACAUGCAAGGGGCGUGGGAGAUGCAAAACGCCUACGAGAGACGAAUGCGGGAACUCUUGAAGAAUAUCCGAGGCCAGGUUGAACAGUGGCACACGGCCAAGUUUGAGGGCACUUAUGCAGAUGCAAAGGCCCAGGCGUCCGAAUUCUCAGAGUAUAAGAGGGGCAAGAAGCGACAAUGGGUUGCCGAGAAGAGCGAACUUGCCACACUGUUGGGAAACAUUAAAACGAAGCUGAGCACCUAUCGGCUACGACCUUAUGAACCUCCGGCAGAGGUCAGUCAGGAUGUUAUUGAGAGGGAUUGGAAGAGUCUUACAAGCAGCGAGAUGGCUCGCGCGCAGCUCAUCAAUGAGACGAUUCGAGACAUCAAAAACGCGCUGAGGAAAUCAUUUGCGGACAAAGCAAAUGACUUUGCCAUGGCUCUCAACACCAUGCAGCUUGCCAUUUCGGGAUUGGAUGGCGAUAUUGAAGAUCAGCUGCACCAUGUCAAGAAACUCAGUGAAAACUUGCCACCCCUUGAUCGAUAUCUCAGUACCAUUGCGGAAGUAGACGCCAUGUGCGAGGAAGCAAACAUUGAGGAGAACGACUUCACCACCUAUACAUAUGACGAACUGGCAUACGAGCUGACGCUUGUGAGAUCCUCGGUUCAAAAGAAGCUCUCCUUCUUGGAAAACCAGAUGGUCGCUCGCAACAUGACCAAUCUGACGCCUAUUCAGCUGGAAGAGUUUGAGAGUGUGUUCCGCCACUUUGAUCGUGAUGCCUCGAAUUCGCUCCAAGAGCUUGAGUUCAGCGCAGCUCUGGCCUCACUAGGCCUAGUUUUCUCCGAAGAUGAGAUGCACGAUUACUUUGUCGACACCUCUGGGGGCAAAGAAUAUGUUACCUUUGAGCAGUUUAUCCGCUUCAUGGUCGACGUCACCGAAGAUCAAAAUACCGCCGAGCAGGUCUUCCAGUCGUUCCGCGAAGUUGCAGAUGGCAAGCCAUAUGUCACUGAAAUGGAUCUGCGCCACAGUCUUGUGCCUGAAGAGGUCAUUGAUAAGCUUCUCGAGAUGAUGCCGCCGCACAACGGUCCAGAUAUGUCACGGGAUCGUGGUAAAGACCAGUUCGACUACAUCUCCUUCAUGGAGAAGAUGAUGGGCGAAGGCGACGAUAACGCGGACGGCGAUAUACCAGCCGGUAUGCUCCAAGAUAGCACAAACGUUGGCGAUGAUCGGCCCCGAAGAGAUUCCAAGGUGAACGGCCAUGGGUAGCCGAGAUUGAUGCUUCAUCAUCUAUAUGACCCAGCGUCAUUUUUAUGGACGGCCUCCGUAUAAUUCUCUGUAUACUCCCCCCCUUUUUUUACUUUUUCCCUCCCCUUGUCGCGCGUACACGCGUUAUACGGAGUCUCUGUCUCCUAUGUUGUCUGAAUACUUGGUUGGAGAGGCAGCGGUGUUUUCUCGGUACCCUGGAUGCAUGCUAAUGGUGUUUUUUUUGGAUGGUAAGGGUGCUGUAAAAAUUGGACACAAUUUUCAUUAUAGUUUCAAGUCUCAACGUUGGAAUAAUAGUACUACGACGUUUAGACAGUCAAAUUAAUUGGCAAUGGCCUCCUUUUUAUUGAAUUAAUUUUGCUGCUGUUGCUUGCAGAAUAACAGGCAUUCACUAUGUA